GCGGCUCGCUGUGGUUUCUGCUGUCGUUAGCUCGGUUAGCAGUCGAGCUUCAUGGGUUGUGACUGCAGCCUCUGGUGGCUUUGAGGUUUGUGUCUGGAUGGACUUUUAUUUCAUGUAGUUCAUUUUAUGUCAUGUUAUUAUCUUACAAAAUGUCCCCAACAGCCGUUCAGUCAAUUCUGUCAUUAAUUAAAUCAGUGGAGCUGCAGGUGAAACAACAUGAACCUUCAGUCUGAAUGUCAUAUCUGAUGUACUUUAAAUAUACUGGGUCACUGAGUGGGUCAUGUGACUGUGCAUUGUGUCGGCGAGGUCAUGUGACCUGCAGGCUAAAAUUAGUGGGCAGAUCUGAGGUCAGGUUUCAGCUGAAGAGACUGCUGCUGCGCUGCCACAAGGAUGGUCAGAGGGAGGCUGCGGCUGCAGGUCAGAGGUCAGAGGUCAUCCCACCUGUCCACCUGUGCACUGUGACCUCACACAGCUGACAGGAAGUGGUUGUCAUGGUGGGCGUGGCGGUGUGCGGCUCAGUGAGCUCCAUCAAAGCUCUGUGGGAGACGAGGAUCAGGAGGAUCCGGGAGGAGGAAGAGGAGCAGAGGAAGAGGACAGUGAGAGGCGGGGCUGCGGGCAGGCUGAGCGUUGGUGUUUGGGAGGACCGAGCAGCUCUGGCUCGGCUCAAACAGAAGCUGCAGACUGAAGAUGGACGCCUCAUUCUGCGAAUAGAACAGGAGGAGUGGAAGUCGUUGCCGGGCUGUCUGGUCCAGCUCACUCAGGUUCAGGAGUGGCAAAUUCACCGGAGUGGACUGCAGAAGAUCCCUCACUUCAUCUCCAGCUUCCAGAACCUUUUGGUUCUCGAUCUGUCCCGCAACGGGGUCACUGAGAUUCCCAGACAGAUUGGGAAGCUGAACCGGCUCAGAGAGCUCCUGCUGAGCUACAACAGAAUCCAGCUUGUUCCUGAAGAGCUGAGCUCCUGUGAGAGUCUGGAGAGACUGGAGCUGGCCAUGAACCGAGACCUGAACCAGUUGCCAGACCAGCUGAGGAACCUGAAGAAGCUUCAGCACCUGGAUCUGUCCAUGAACGACUUCACCUGCAUUCCCGACUGCGUGGUCGGACUGCCGGCGCUCGAGUGGCUCGACAUGGGAGGAAACCGACUCCAGCACUUACCUGAAGACAUACACAGGAUGGAGAAGCUGCACACUCUGUGGCUACAGAGGAACCGACUGGAGACGCUUCCAGACAACAUCAGCAGGAUGGCGAGUCUGGACACGCUGGUCCUCAGCAGCAACCAACUGAGAGACAUCCCCCCACUGAUGGAGGACAUGUCCAACCUCAGGUUUGUGAAUUUCCGGGACAACCCUCUGACUCUGGAUGUGACGCUGCCGUGCAGGAAGACGAAGACUGAGGACGAUGAAGACGACGAUGACAGAGAAAUGUUUGGACGAGAGUUCAUGCAGAUGUACAUCCAGGAGGCCAGAAAGCGAGCAGCCAAACAACGACUCAUCAGAGUAAAAUAUUCUCCGCAUUUCUUCUUCUGGGCUUUUUUUCCUGGACUGAACUCAGCCGCAGCUUUUAAAAUCAGAGAAGAAGAUUCACAGAUUGUUGAUACAAGAUUCUGUGUUGUACAGACUCGUCUUUCAUAUACUCAUAUUUUGUUUUCUGGAGGCUGAAAUCCGUUUGAGUUCACAGCAGGUAGAAGACGAGUGCUGAAGGUUUAUCAUGUGAA